AGAAACUGGAUUUCCUCCCUUCAAAUCCCGCUCCCGAACUUUUCUUCCCCCGAACUCACCAACACUCUUUUUCUUUUCUUUUUUUUCCUUUUCAGAAUGCGCGGCACCCUCAUCUUUUCGGGCAGCUCGUGCCCGGCCCUCACCGGCAAAGUAUGCGAGAACCUGGGCAUGACGCCAGCUGAUGCUGAGCUCACCCAGUUUUCCAAUGGAGAGACGAGCGUGCGCAUCCUCACCAGCGUCCGCGAGAAGGAUGUCUUUGUCGUUCAGUCGGGCAGCCCCAAGAUCAACGACACCAUCAUGGAGCUGCUCAUCAUGAUCUCUGCUUGCAAGGGAGGCUCUGCCAGCAAGAUCACUGCCGUCCUGCCAUACUUCCCCUACAGUCGCCAGUCCAAGAAGAAGUCGCACCGCGGAGCCAUCACUGCGAGAAUGCUUGCCAAUCUGCUUGGCGUUGCUGGUGUUAAGCACAUCAUCACGGUCGAUUUGCACGCUUCCCAGAUGCAGGGCUUCUUCAAGUGCCCCGUCGACAACCUCCAUGCCGAGCCUCUCAUUGCCCGCUGGAUCAGGCAAAACGUCCCCGACUGGAAAGAGGCUGUCGUCGUGUCCAAGAACGCCGGUGGCACCAAGCGCGUCACGUCGCUUGCCGACGCUCUCAAGCUGAACUUCGGCAUGGUCACCACCGACAAGAAGAGAGGCAAUGGCAACAUGACUGGCAGCAUGCUUCUCAACCCCAUUGAUGCUGUCUUGGACCCCAUCGGCGAGCAGGUCAACGAGGCAGUUGAGCAUGAGGAGCCCUCAGUCAGCAACAUUACCCAGCCUAUUGCAGGCACUACAAGCCCCGCGCGCCGUCCCAACGGAUCGUCCAUGCACAGCGCCAAGUCUUUGCCGUCUCGCCUGCGUUCUUCGACCUCGGCUUUGGACGGUGUUGACGAGGAAGGCGAGGACGGCGUCGAGUACAAUGACCAGCGUGCGCACGAGGUCACUCAGGCUCGUCUUGUCCAAGGCCACAUCGUUCCGGAUGACUUUGAGUCGCCGGCCGUCUCUGCAGCCACCAGUGUCGCUGGAGAUGACCCGAUGACCAUGUCGCACGCUUCGUCGUUUUUCGCUCCUCAGCACCACGCCGCCCUUGGUGGCUCGGGUGAUGCAGCUGAAAGUUCGGAUGAGGAAGAGGAGAUCCUGAAGGACCCCAAGGUGGAGCACAUGGUCACCCUUGUCGGAGACGUCAAGAACCGCACCGUCUUUAUUGUUGACGACAUGAUCGACAAGCCUGGUUCUUGGAUCGCUGCUGCCGAGACGGUGGUCAAGCGCGGUCUGGCCAAGAAGGUCUACUGCAUUGCCACCCAUGCCGUCUUUGGUGCUGACUGCCUGGAGCAGUUGCAGGAUUGUGACUGCAUUGAUCACAUUCUCGUGACAAACAGCUACCCCAUUCCGGAGGAGAAGGCUCGCAACGCCAGCAAACUGACCGUACUUGACUUGUCGUAUCUCCUUGCGGAAGCAAUUCGUCGGAACCACUAUGGCGAGUCGAUCUCGCCUUUGUUCCAGCACAUAAUGGAGUAAUAUCGCAUGGCCAUGUUUUUUUUUUUUUUUUUUUUUGGUUUUUCCAUGACGCAUCACAGAGGCUUUAUAGGGCAUUGAGUUGCACCUUGUUUACGAAAGCACAUUAUCAUCAGGUAUGUUGGGAGACUCGGAUUACAAGCGUGGCGUUAGAGUGAUUUUAGGUAUCGCAAGACCACUUGUCGUCUUGACAUUUCGGAGCGGGAAAAGCGUCUUUGGAGACCUUUUGGAACGAGCAGUCAGAUACCCCAAUUGACAUCAUAUGCUCGGUUGUUGUGUGGUUCGCCGCGCAGCUUGUUCUUUCCCUCUCCCUCUUUUCUGUUCGUUCCUUGCUUACCACUAUUCUACCUCGCCUUGCUUGACGUCAGUCAGCAGAAACGAGUCAUCAUUUCCUCCUUCCUUCCCUUGCCCUCAAAAUCACAAAAUCCAGCGAUGCUUUCACUCGAGAAAGCCGGAGUCGAUUUCCAUCCCAGGAACGGUUCUGAACGGAGCGUUGGUAGAAAGAAUUUCCAUUAUAGAAGGCUCGUUGUUCCGACUCGUUUUACGAGUUGACUUCCGCAAGGUUGGUGGGCAAUGAUGCAAGAGAACCCUUGGGAACAUUUUCAUGUAAACGUACUUGUUUCAGCAAGUGUAGUAGGAGUGAUCUCUCGCUCAGUUGGUCCGCGUAAAAGCUUUCGUGGGCGGUUAUUUGACCACGAAGCCUGGCGGACUGUGCUGAUGUUUCACACAUCGUAGGACACAUGUCGUCUGAAGACUCAGUCAGUAUCGAGCAUUCAGUAUAGCACAAAGAAAUACAAAACAUCUCAAC